AAUAAACCAUAAAAGGCUCUUAUAGUUCCUCACGUUAACACUACUUUGAAAUUUAUUCUUUGUUCCAAAAGAAAAAAAAAAAAAACAGGAGAGAUGGCAGGAGCUUUGAUUGGAGAGGCAUUUCUGUCUGCUUCCAUUCAGACGUUGUGCGACAAGAUCGGUUCUGGGGAGUUGAUGGACUUCUUCCGGGGAAAAAAACUUGAUCAUUCACUUCUGGAGAAACUGAAGCUGACGUUUCUGGCCCUUGAUGCAGUGCUUGAUGAUGCAGAGGAGCAGCAGAUUGAGAAACCCCGUGUGGGAAAGUGGCUUGACGAGCUUAAACAUGCUGUCUUCAAUGCCGAGGACCUGCUGGACGAGAUCGAUACUGAAGUUUUGCGAAGCAAGGUGGAAGCUGAAUUUUCAACUAAGAAAACCCAGGUGUGGAACUUCCUCUCUACUUCUCUUAAUCCUUUUUAUCAAGGCAUGAAUGGUAGGAUUGAAGAGUUACUCCAAAGACUAGAACACCUUGCACAACAGAAAAUUGUGCUCGGUCUUAGAGGAGGUGUUGGGGGCAAGGUUUCACAAAGAACUCCCACAACUUCCUUCGUUGAGCAUAAAUUCUCUACUUAUGGUAGGGAUGAAGAUGAAGCGAAAUUGAAAAAACUGUUGCUAUCUGAUGAUGCAAGGGGCGGCAAUGCAUCUGUAAUCCCCAUAGUGGGAAUGGGAGGAGUUGGUAAGACAACCCUUGCUCAGCUCCUUUACAAUAAUGCCAUGGUGAAAGAGCAUUUUGAUGUUCGAGCUUGGGCAUGUGUCUCCGAAGAUUUUGAUGCUAUUAGGGUCACUAAAACCCUUGUUCAGUCAAUUGCUUCAAAACCCUGUGAUACGUCAGAUAUGAGCUUGCUUCAAGUUGCUCUUAGGGAACAAGUAAUGGGGAAAAGGUUUCUAUUUGUGUUGGAUGACCUUUGGAAUGACAAUUAUAAUGAUUGGAGUGCUCUACAAGCUCCUUUCACUUAUGGGGCGAGGGGAAGUAAGGUCAUUGUGACAACAAGGAACGAAAGUGUUGCAUCCAUCGUGCACACUGUUCCUAUUCACUCUUUAAAACAAUUGUCGCCUGAUGAUUGUUGGUUGUUACUUGCAAAACAUGCGUUUAGAAAUGAAAAUGCAAGUGCACAUUCAGACUUGGAAGAAAUUGGUAAAAAAAUUGCACGUAAGUGCAAAGGUCUGCCUUUAGCUGCAAAAGCACUUGGAGGUCUCUUAAGUUGCAACAUGGACUACAAGAAUUGGAAUCAUAUAUUGAAUAGCAAUCUUUGGGAGCUACCACAAGCAAAUAGUAUUCUUCCAUCUCUAAGAUUGAGUUUCCAUUACCUCCCUACUUAUUUAAAACAAUGUUUUGCUUAUUGCUCAAUUUUUCCAAAGGACCAUGAAUUUGAGAAACAUAAUUUAGUUCGACUUUGGAUGGCUGUGGGUUUAAUUUCACAAGCUGAGGGUGAGGAAAGAAUGGAGGAGGUUGGGGAGAACUAUUUUAAUGAAUUAGUAUCAAGAUCACUAAUUCAAAGAUCAAGAACUGAGGAGCAUGGGUUCACAAUGCAUGAUCUCAUUAAUGACUUGGCUAGUGUUCGUGUCUAGAGAAAUUUGUUUUAGGAUGGAUGAGGA